CUAGAUUUUUGAGAGCUCCCCUUCUCCGCCACCGCAAGCUCUCCCCUGUACCCACCCACCGCCACCGCGGCUACUACCCCGCCGCCGCUAUCGCCGCCGCCAUCACGAGCUACUAGUAGCUACCGGGCUAUCGCCGCCGCUUGCCCUGAUGCCGCAGCAGGAGGUCGCCGACCAGAUCGCCGCCGCGGCGGCGGAGCGGGGCCUGCAGAGGAGCGGCUCGGCCAGCCGCCUCAACGCGGGGGCGCCGGAGUUCGUGCCGCGGGUCGCCGCCCCCGUGGUGCCGCCGCCGCCGCCGGUGAUCCGCGUGUUCGCCGCGGCGCCUCCCCCGCCGCGGGCGGCCUUCUUCGCGCCGCCGCCGCCGCAUCACCGGCCGUACGAGUACUACGCGCCUGUGAGGGGCGGUCAGUUCGCCGCCGCCGCCGCCGCCGAGGAGCAGGAGGCGGAAGUGGACCCGGAUGCGACGGAGGCGGCGGAGCCACUGGUCGACGGGUUCCCCGACGAGGUGGUGCACAAGAUUACCAAGCAGGUGGAGUACUAUUUCAGUGAUAUAAACCUAGCAACAACAGAACACUUGAUGAGAUUUAUUACCAAGGACCCUGAGGGAUAUGUGCCAAUAACAGUAAUUGCCGGCUUCAAUAAAAUAAAAGCUUUAGUGCAUAAUAAUUCAAUGCUUGCCGCCGCUCUUCGAACCUCAUCAAAACUUGUUGUAAGUGAUGAUGGAAAAAGAGUAAAGAGGCUGCAGUCAUUUACUGUAUCUGAUAUGCAGGACCUGCAGUCCCGAAUAGUUGUUGCAGAAAAUCUUCCUGGUGAUCCCUGUUAUCAGAAUCUUAUGAAGAUCUUUUCAACUGUUGGCAGUGUGAAGACCAUUCGAACCUGUUAUCCUCAAUCUUCAAAUGGCAAUAGUCCUGCUACUAAUAGAUCUGCCAAGCUAGAUAUGCUGUUUGCCAACAAGCUGCAUGCUUUUGUGGAGUAUGAGACCCUUGAAGAUGCUGAGAAAGCGAUUCUGGAGCUUAAUGAUGAGAAGAACUGGAGAAAUGGGCUUAGAGUUAGGUUAUUGAAUACUUGCAUGACAAAGGGGGCAGGCAAAGGGAAAAAGGGAGUGCAUGAAGCUGAUGGAAAUGGCGAGGAGGAUGUCUCCACUUCAAACCAAUCAAAUGAGAAGCAACUCGAAGAACCCUCUCAAUUGUCAGAUAUGUUGCCAGAUCACUUGUUUGAUGACAGUUCCAAUGAUAAGGAAGGUCCAAGACGUGGCAGAGGUCGUGGACGUGGUGGCAGAGGGCGAGGGCGUGGCUACCAUCAGCAUAACAACAACCAUUUCAACAACCAGAACUACCACAACGGUCAGCACCACAAUCACCACGCCAACAACCACCACCACCAAGGUGGCAACCGUGGUGGCGCUCAUCAUGUUGGGACUCCGCCCAAUCAACAGCAAACCAAGCCUGAGCAGCACCCGCAGCUGCCAAUUGGAGCCACCAAGCAGCCUCCCGGCCCUCGCAUGCCAGAUGGCACGCGGGGUUUCACCUUGGGCAGAGGGAAGCCGCAACCGUUUCUACCGGUUCUGUGUGCAGCCGUCGAGCCUUGAACCCUAUUCAUCGUCACGAUAGGGUAUGCGGCGGCGAGUGCUGGUGUUGAUAGAGAUGGUUGGAGGUCUUCUCUUUUCGGAACAUGGUUUACUUGAUUUUGAUGGGUGUGUGCCUAGGCCAAGUGUUUUGGAACCGUCUGUUAUGGUAUUGUCAUGUGUUUUGAAGCCAAACAUUGUUGUUCUGGUUGGUACAGACUUGGUGAGUUGCAUGGUUAAGUUGGCUACCACUACUACCAUUUUGGACCCAAGUUAUAUAUGGGGAAGGGUGUAAGACAUUAUUCAUGAAAAAUGUUACAAAAAAAAAACAUAGAAAAACAUGGAGAUGCUCGUCUUAGUUCUUGAUAGGUCUUCAGGAAAUUGGGUCAUUUUGACAGAAGGGUGCUCAACAGAUUGGAUUGGAUGACCGAAUAUAUUUUCACCUGCUGCUUGCCUA